AAAGAGGGCCUUCAAAUCGCGCCCAACGUCUUGCAUGAGCUGAUCGUAAGCGCCAAUCAAGACAUACGGCAAGUGUUGCACAAUCUGUCUCUGUUGGGCACCGGAGCCAAAAAGAUCGAUAACCUAUUGUCUGAUCAGUCCAUUAAAGACGUCCGAUUGAGCACGUUUGAAGCCAUUCGCAAAGUGUUUACCGCCGGCGAAGAGUACCAACGGAUGAGUUUCAAUGACAAAUCGGACCUAUUUUUCUGCGACUACUCUUUUAUGCCUUUAUUUAGUUUUGAAAACUAUCCGCUCGUCAACCCAUCGAAAGCCAAGAAUGAAAGCCAACGACUGAAAUGUGCGACAAAAACGAUUGAAUCAUUAGCUUUUGGAGAUCUGAUUGAGAAACAGAUUCGUAGCGCUAAUAACUGGAGUCUAUUACCACUACAGGCGGCGUUCGCUAGUGUUAUGCCCGGCGCUUACAUGAACGGCCACUUUGGCGGACAAAUCAAUUUCCCAUCAUUUAUGGGCAAAAUGUCGACCACUAAUAAAAAGCUCCGUUUAUUACAAGAGCUGAAAAUGCAUAUGAAUUUGAAAGUUAGCGGCAGUAAGAGUGCCCUCAAUCUGGACUAUUUGGAGCCGUUGAGGGACUCUAUAAUCGAGCCAUUGGUGGCCAAUGGGACGGGAGGUGUGCCCAACAGUAUUGAGAAACUCGAGAACUACUGCCUCCGACGCGAAGAUCUCGAAUCGAUACUCGAGUUA